AAUCAAUUUGUUUAAAACAAAAUGCAAUCGAUGAGCUUUAAUUUUCUUCUCCUAAUGUGCCCACGACAUUUUUCAAAUACUUUUUAUGCAGUCGAUAGAGUUACACCUCACACCUGGCUCAAAUUAGCAUCAGCUUCAAGUUUCAUCUGCUCUGCAUUUAUUAUAAUUUGCAAGACAUUCAACUAGCUCCAGCUGCCGAACCCAAGAGUGGACGACUAUAAAUAGGCAGAUGACCAAGCCAAACAGCAUUAGUUCUCUUCGAAGACUUCAACAAUCCGCACAGUUUCCCACCACCAUCACCUCCAAAAUGAAGUUCAUCAUUGUCCUCGUUGCCCUUUUUGCCCUGGCCGUUGCCCGUCCCAAUUCCGAUGCGGUAGUCCUCCGUUACGAUUCGGACGUUCAGCCCGAGAGCUACGAAUACGCUGUGGAGACGAGUGAUGGAAAGUCGGUUUCGGAGAAAGGACAUGUGGAAGAUUUGGGAUCUGAAGCCGAGGCCAUCGUCGUGCGUGGCUCCUACUCCUACAUUGGCGAUGAUGGACAGACCUACAGCGUCAACUACAUUGCUGACAAGAACGGCUUCCAGCCCCAGGGCGCUCAUAUUCCUGUUGCCUAGGCCAAAAACAAAUUAAAAUAAAUCAGUUU